AUUUAAAAUGAGAAAUAUAUAAGUGAAAAAAGGAAUUUUAUUUCUGCAAUGAGCAUGAAUCCCCAAAUCUAAAGCCCUAAAAACCAAAAACGAGAUAUAACUAAUCGAAUUACUUUACUCAUCUCUAGUGUUUGAUUAAACGAAAACCCUACUGGGUUUUAUCUGAUCAAUCAUCGGUGUCUUCUUCACUGAGUUGCAAUGGGAGCGAGUCGAAAGCUACAGGGUGAAAUAGAUCGAGUUCUGAAGAAAGUUCAGGAAGGCGUUGAUGUCUUCGAUAGCAUAUGGAACAAGGUUUAUGAUACGGAUAAUGCCAACCAGAAGGAAAAAUUUGAAGCGGAUUUGAAAAAGGAGAUAAAAAAGCUUCAGAGGUAUAGAGACCAAAUCAAAACAUGGAUUCAAUCGAGCGAAAUCAAAGAUAAAAAGGUAAGUGCGUCAUAUGAGCAAGCAUUGAUGGAUGCUCGUAAGCUUAUUGAGCGUGAAAUGGAACGAUUCAAAAUCUGUGAGAAAGAAACUAAGACCAAAGCAUUUUCAAAAGAAGGCUUGGGCCAACAGCCUAAGACGGAUCCAAAGGAGAAGGCUAAGUCAGAGACAAGAGAUUGGUUGAAUAAUGUGGUUGGGGAGCUUGAAAGUCAAAUUGACAAUUUCGAGGCUGAAUUGGAAGGACUCUCAGUUAAAAAAGGGAAGCAGAGGCCCCCAAGAUUGGUACAUUUGGAAACAUCCAUUACUCGGCACAAGGCUCAUAUAAUGAAGUUAGAGUUAAUUUUAAGAUUACUGGAUAAUGAUGAAUUGAGUCCUGAGCAAGUUAACGAUGUCAAGGAUUUCCUCGACGAUUACGUGGAAAGAAAUCAGGAGGAUUUUGAUGAAUUCAGUGAUGUUGAUGAGCUCUACAGCACUUUGCCACUAGAUAAGGUGGAGUCUCUUGAAGAUCUGGUUACCGUCGUUCCACCUGCUCUUGUCAAGGGUGUCACUGUUCCCAGUGCGGUUUUGAGUGUGAAAACUUCCCUGGCCUCUCCACCUGCUCAAGCAUCGGUGGCUGUAACAUCUUUAGCACAGCAAGCUGCUAGUGUUCAGGAUCAGUCUGAUGAAGUAGCAUCACAGGACAGUAGCUCCGAAACAGUUGUUAGGACCCCACCUCCUAAAAGUAGUGCAGUUGCUACUUCUUCUCCGACAACGCCUGCUGGGAGUCAUGCAACCCAGGGUGCUGCUGCUGCUGCUGCUUUAUCUCCAACUAGUAUGUCAAAUGCAAUAAAAGAAGACGAUUUGACAAGUUUCCCAGCUCGAAAGCCUUCCCCUGCCCUUAGUGAAACUGCUUUAAGGGGUGUUAGUAGAGGUGCUCUAUCUAACCAACCCGUGGCUAGUAUUGCACUUGGUUCUACUGGUUCAGUUACUGGCAAUGGAGGUCUAGGAGCUAUUCCUUCUGCUUCUGAAGUUACAAAGAGAAAUAUCUUAGUUUCAGAGGAGAGGCUUGGAAGUAGCGGCAUGGGACAGCCUUUGGUAUCGCCUCUGUCUAACAGAAUGAUGAUGUCACAAGCAGCUAAGGCUACAGAUGGAAUUGGUGUUGCUGAUGGGGCAACUCUCGGUGAUGCUACGGUCAUGACUGGUAGAGUUUUCUCUCCUUCUGUUGGUCCUGGUAUGCAAUGGAGGCCUGGUAGUUCCUUUCAGAAUCAAAAUGAAGCGGGACAAUUCCGUGGAAGAACUGAAAUUGCACCUGACCAGAGGGAGAAGUUUUUGCAAAAAUUUCAGCAAGUACAGCAGCAAGGUCAGAGUAAUCUUCUUGGCGUACCUCCAUUUAGUGGUGGAAACCUUAAGCAGUUCUCGUCCCAGCAACAGAAUCCACUUUUGCCACAGUUCAACUCUCAAAGCUCCUCUGUCGCUCCUCAACUUGGACUGGGAGUUGGGGCCCAAGCAGUUGGUAUUAACAACAUUGCCUCAUCUGCAUCUUUGCAGCAACAACCAGAUGUAGGCCACUCAAAAGCUGAAGAGUUGCAGCAACAACAGAUUUUGCCUGAGGAUUCUUCUGCCGAUUCUUCUGUAAAUGCUGGGCUCGGGAAAAAUCUUUUGAAUGAGGAUGAUAUGAAGGCUUCAUAUGGAUUAGAUACCCCAGGAGGAGUCACUGGCUCUGUUGCUGAAGCAUCCCCUAGGCCAAGGGAUACAGAUCUAUCUCCUGGGCAACCUUUGCAAUCCAGUCAGUCAUCUGGAAGUCUUGGGGUUAUUGGUCGAAGGAGUGUUGCUGACCUUGGAGCAAUUGGUGAUAGCCUGAGUGCGUCCUCUGCAAAUUCUUCAGGAAUGCAUGACCAAUUAUAUAACUUGCAGAUGCUUGAAUCUGCCUUUCACAAACUUCCUCUGGCCAAAGAUUCCGAACGAGCAAAGAGCUAUACACCGAGGCACCCUGCAGUUACCCCUUCAAGCUAUCCCCAAGUACAGGCUCCCAUUGUCAAUAAUCCUGGCUUCUGGGAAAGACUUGGAGCUGAUAACUAUGGCACUGACACUCUGUUCUUUGCAUUUUACUACCAACAGAAUACUUAUCAGCAGUACCUGGCUGCUAAGGAGUUGAAGAAACAGUCUUGGAGGUAUCACAGAAAGUAUAACACAUGGUUUCAGCGGCAUGAGGAGCCAACUGUUGCCACUGAUGACUUUGAACAGGGAACAUAUGUCUACUUUGAUUUCCACAUUGCCAAUGAUGAACAACAUGGAUGGUGCCAGAGGAUCAAGCAGGAGUUCACAUUUGAGUACAAUUUUCUUGAAGAUGAGCUCAUUGUAUAGAAUUUGUUUAUACCUAUAACAUUUAUUUUUCUAUCUGCCCUAUUUUCUUUUGGCUGUCUAAAUUACAUGGUUUGUACUGUAGUUUUCAUCUUUCCAAGGCGUUUUUUCGUUUGAUGCUUUAGACGCCUUCAUUUAAAAGAACCAGCAGAGAUAUCAGGAUUCAAAUUUCAGUUAGUAUCAGAUUACACACCUCUCUUCAUGCUGUUAUAAAUUCGUUAGAAAAAUA